GACCAUACAUCCCUUCCAGCCUCACCUCCUACGAAGACCCGAUGAAUAUUUUUCAGUCGGCCUUCUCUGCUCCCAACGGCUCCAUCUUCCUCACCUCAACGCCAUCUACUGCACCAUGGGGGGCGGCCUUCACACCGCAACCCAUCGCCCUCUUCCUCUCCACCAACAAAAAGCAGCCCUGCGACCAGCCCAUUGCCUUCUCUGUCUCAUUCUCGUUUCGGAUGACACCUGCUGCUCCUACCUCUGCGGGGGUGGGGCUGGGAGGGGUGGGGAAGCGGAGUGUGGCGGUGGAGUUUGACUCGGUGCUGAGUGUGAAGCACAGCGACCCCAACGACAACCACGUGGGCGUCAAUGUGGGCGGCUCACCUGUGUCCCUCGCCUCUGCCACGGCCCCUCUCAUCCUCAACGACGGCCACACCAAGCACGCCUGGAUCCACUACGACCCCACCAGCGGUGGCACUCUCCGAGUCUUCCUCUCAGCCUCCAGGCAGCAACCAUCCAAGGCUGUGGUGACGGCGAGAGUGUCUCUGUGCAGCGCGCUCAAGCCCACCGUAGGUGGUGGCUCCUUCCUCUUCGGAUUUUUGGCAGCCUCUGCAAACAACACUCAGAGGCAUGACAUCCUCUCAUGGAAGAUUGUCACUGGCAAAGCAUUCGGCCACGUGGCAUCAGCAGAGGAGGGGGCAGCAGGUAGUGAAGGCGAGAAUGUGCCCUCCUCCUUCCACUAUGCUAGCCUCGCCUUUCAAUCAGACAGCCCACCCACGCUGACAGUCCCACCAUGUCCCUCCCUGCACACUCCUCCCUGCACACUCCUCCCUGCACACUCCUCCCUUCACGCCCCUCCCUUCACGCCCCUCCCUACACGCCCCUCCCUGCACGCCCUUCCCUGCCCGCCCCUCUUCGCACGCCCAACCCCUCUCUGGCCUGCAGCCGACUCCUCGGCGCACGCGGUGGUGGCGGCGGUGGAAGCGGCCUACAGCAUCGCCAUCAACGGGUCGCAGCCCCCCCGGCUGUCGGUGGAGCAGCUGCGGCUGGCCCUGUCGGCCAACUGCGACGACAUGCCUCCGCGCGAUGUGCUGGCCUUCCUGGUGGCUGCCACGCGCAAGGGAGGGGGGCUCGUGGAUAACGCAGCAGCAGCGGCCGCCAGUCCCCAUAGCAUGGCGUCCGCCGGCCGGCGGGAGAGACUGGCCGCGAAGAUUAAGUACUACGGAAUUCAAGGCUUUGAGGAGACCUCGUUUGAUGGAUGGUUGGGUCUGCUGCUGGCAGUGCAGCGGCAGCCGGUGGUCACAUACAAGUAUGCGGACGCCAGCUGCUUCCAGAAGGGGGUGAACCACGCAGUGCUGCUAGUGGGCUAUGCUUUGCACGGCAGCACGUCCAGCCCUUUCAGCCUGGAUGGGCCCCUCUGGGUGAUCCGCAACUCAUGGGGCACAGGAUGGGGGGAUGUAGGCCACAUGUACAUUGACAUGCAGAGUGGGCCGGGCGUGUGUGGCAUCAACACACUGCCAGGCAUCUUGCCUAUCCUCCGAUCUACUGCCGAUCCGUGUGGCAGCAAGUCAGUGAUGCUGGCGGGCUCACCGGGAGGAGCAGGGAGCAACGCGUUCAACCCGUGUGGGCAGUUCAAGUGCUCCAAGGCCGGAGCAUCCAACCGCUGUGCCUGUGCUGCUCCCCACUUCGUCCAGGCCUCCCACCCCGACGGCUCCAACACGUGCGCCUACGUGGACGCUUGUGGGCUGGCAGGCAGCAACCCGUGUGUGGUGGGCACGUGUGUGAACGAUGGCAAGGGCAGCUACUCCUGUGUGUGUCCCCCGGGGUUUGUUCAAGGCACCACCGUCAAAGGAACCCUCUCCUGUGCUCCUCGUGACAACAAGGGCAGCUACACAGUCCUUGGCAGCAAUGUGUGGUGCUCCCAUCUGCUGCCUGUGUUCGGUCUCACUCUCGACCAACUCAAGCAGCAGAACAAGGGGGAAAGCUGUGUGAAAAUCGCUCAGCAGUUCAAUUUGAGUGACAGCUGCCCCGGAGAUGGCGAUCAGGCAUACGUGGACGCAGUGGUGGGGCUCAACCCUGGGCUCAACUGCUCAGAGCUCACACGUGGCCAGGCCGUGUGCGUAGAGCGCGACGAGAGCAGGGCGAGGGAGGUGGCAGUGUGUGAUAAGGAGUACCUUGUCCAGGUGUGUGGCGGUUGUGAUGCCGUGAUUACGGCUGUGGAUCCACCUUUGAGCCCACUGGAGUUCUACCGUCUCAACCCAGGCAUCAACUGCAAUUGCUUGUCCACCAAUUUAGAGGAACGCUACUCGCAGCGCAAGGUUUGCAUUUCCAGCAGCACACGGUACAAGACUGGCACAUGCCCAAGGGGCACCUACAGUGUUGCAGCUGGAGACAGCUGCACCAUGAUUGACGUGAAGGGGUUUGCCAGCAUUAAGGGGUGCUACAGGAAGAUGAAUGGCUUUGAUUGCUUGGAGAAAAUGCCUCCCGGGACAAUUGUCUGCACCCCAGAAGCUUCUGCUGCUCGAGUUGGGAUAUGUUCCACAGGAUAG